GCGUAACAUAACCUCACCUUUUUAAAAAUGUCAACAAACAGUAAACACUUUAGUUUAAUUUUUUAAUAAUUGUUUUAAGGGAAAAUGUAUUUAAUAAUAUGGUCAAACCAAGUGAAAAGUUACAUUUUAAAACUACUGACGACAAAAAUGUAGUUCUGAAUGUAAUGAAAAGCCCUGCUUGCUUGUGUAUUUCUAUAAUAAAUGAUUGGAAGAUGUUUUCCAGUAACGAAGCCCUUUCAAUUGGAAUUUUUGCCAUAAUUUUGCGUUGUUUUAGCGUAGACAUGGUUUAUGUUGCCGCUUUACUUGUUUCCUAUUUGUUAUACGCUUCAAAUCAAAUAUUAUUUUGUAUUAGGGAAGAAGAAGUUUUAAUAGUCAAAGGAUUAGGAUACCAAAUAAAAAGGAAAUAUUUCCUGAAAAAUACCUCAAUUUUUAUUCCAUAUGAACAAGUACAAAAUGUUUUUAUUAAUGAAGUAAUUUUAAGGCAUAAAGUAAUUUAUAUAUUAAACUUUCUAGUCAAAGGAGAUGAGGAGAAAAGGCCUAAAAUAGUUCCAUUGUUUAGAGAUAUACUACCAAGGCUUGACUGUCUAGAAGUAAUUUUUAGAAAUAUCAAAUAUUUCCAAGAUAGAUAACAGUAGCUUUCAGAAAAUCAUAACUUUCUGAAGACUGCAUUUAUGUAUAAAAUUACCCAAUUAUAAAUAAAUCAAUACCAAUCGAUGAAAUUAUUUAUUUAUUUCAAUAAAUUACAAGUCAAAUAUUGUUUGAUAGUCCUGCUUUAUCUACACUUUACAUACUAAUAAUUAUUAUACACUAUAAUCGUACACCUAUUUAUAGUAUUUUAUUUCAUCUACUAUUUUUGAUAUGGGACACUUCCGUUUUUGUUCCUCUAUAUUUAACAGCAUUAUGAGUUCCUUACAGUCUUC